AGUUUCACUUAUUAUUGUGUUUUUGAUCUCUUUCGAUCGACGUACCAGAAAAUUAACCUGUGCAGUCAUGAGACAUAUACUUAUUAUCACGGUAGUUAUUUGUGCGGUAUCUAAUUUUGCAUUCGCUGACUUCAGAAGUGAUGCACUGAAUUUGCAUAAUAAGUACCGUGCUGAACAUCAUGCGCCGCCGUUGAAACUCAAAGAUGAGUUGAACAAAUACGCUCAAAAACACGCACAAAAAAUGUCAUCCGGUAAAAAUAAGUUUAAGCACAGCUACGGAAAAUACGGUGAAAAUAUUUACAUGGACCCCAACACCAAAAUUACCGAUAGUCAAGCCGCAAUCGAUGCAACCAAUAAAUGGUACGAUGAGAAAUCCCAGUACAGUUACAGAUCCGCUAGGUUUGGACUCAAAACAGGACAUUUUACUCAAGUUAUCUGGACUGAUACAAAGUAUUUGGGCGUUGGUGUAGCACGAUCUGAAUAUGGUGUGUUCGUGUGUGCAAAUUACGAUCCCCGAGGAAACGUCGCUAGUCAAUUCCUUAAAAAUGUAUUGGCACCAUAAGAAACUCAACCGACUUC